AAUGGCAUCUUUGGACUUUGAUCAGAAAUUCCUGGGUCGGAUAGCCAAACAAACACAAGACAGCAACCCACUCCUGUCCAGUUCCCUCUACCAGAUUCUCGGUCUUUCCGUUUUGCUUGCCCGAAGACUUGUGAGGGCACGAAAACUUCGCAAACUAGACACGAGUCGCGAUACUCCCUCUCUCGGCCUUUAUCAGCAUAUCCUUUGGCUUUCUCGCGAAGGCCUGUCCAUUUUAGAACUGUAUGUUCUUCCUUACGCGCAGGAUGACCAACAUGGUCCCGAAUGCAGGGUACUUAGUGUCAAACUUCGAGCGAGUUUCUAUCACAUCUUUUGUCUGUUCCACAACCAACCACCCGUAACCGCGUCCAACAUGACGACUAAUGAUCCUCGAACGCUGGCUGUGCCAGUAGCUUCUUACGGCGAGCGAAACGGAAAUGGACAACAUUGGGCAUCUGACUCUGCCAAUCUUUCGCCGCCAUCGAAACGCGCUGGGAAACAGCCUAUGCUGCGCGAACCCAUCGAUUCGAUUGUCUCAGAGACCUCUUUCGUCACAAACCCGUACGCCGCUGGAGGUCCAGUCGGGACUCCGUCACCAGGACCACUCAACGCUCCCCCGGGACUCAAUCCUGUGCCUAUACCACAACCCUCCUCCUUCAUUCUGCCACCACUCAACUUCGUUCCGUUGGCUGGUGGGUACUUCACUACUGCGACUGCAUAUGCCACGUCAUUUCUUCCUGGAUCACAUCCAUUGAGGCUUUCGGUAGCGCUGGAACACAGCGCAUUCCUAUGGGAUUGUAUUCACGACCAUGAAGGUUCGAGACGAGUAGCUCGAAGAGCUAUCAAAGAUGUAUACCGAGCACAGGAAGCUAUGGAUGACAACGAGUUUGAGGAUGCCGCAGAGCUGGUUGGGAUUUUGGGAAGGAUGAUGAAGCGUAAGAGCUUUGAAAGCACCCCUCGUGUGGGCGGUUCAACAAGUCCAGAGGCAGCAGCCCCCACAGCACCCACUGGUGCGCCUGCCGUGGGAGGACAGAGAUCCGAGCAACCGAGAACUGCACCUAUCCAAGAACAAACAACUCCUCCAUCUCGUCGACGUAAAGGCGAAGGCUCGCCCAUGAACUAUUCACCUAGCAAGGGACAUUCAAGAGAUCCUAUCCGCAGUCGCUCCAAUUCUGGAACCAAGCCAAAGCCCGUGUACGAUGAUAGCGUCAAGAACACUCCAAAGUCAAACACAUACCAAUCUACACGAGGGGGGAGUCAGGAUAACACCCCACGUGCACGCCAUAUCAGUAUGGAGAGUGGUGCUAGCACAACGCCUCGGGCACCACAAGGAGGCCGAUCGCCGGCGACUCCAUCAACGGUGCGAAGUGCUUCCCAUCAAUACCAUGGCAGUGGAGGCUCGGUCAAAGGCACACCGGUCAUAGGGAACUCGACGCCGAUAGCAGCCAGCCCUGCCGCAGCGCUAGCCUCCAAUGCUAUGCGUACGUCCUCGCCGACCCUACGUCGCUCACCCCCACUACGCUUGUCGCCGAAGCAGGAUAUGGUUGACAAUAGAAACAACAACGUAUACAGGCGACAGCCACGAUGA